UUUAGGUGGGGAGGCAAAAAUAGCUCUGACAUGUCUCUGGCUGUGGCCGAGCCCCUCUCCGCUUGGCUCUGUCAAUCACAGGCCCAAACAAGAUGGCAGGCUGCGGGAGCUGGCUCUUCUUUGUAUCAGUUUGGGCUGUUGGUUUGCUCGGGGCCAAAGCAGAGAUCAAGUUGACCAUUCCUGUGGGGAGGUUAUUUACAUAUGAGCUGCUGAGAGAGACUUUCCAGAGCGACUUUGAACCUUUGUCAAAACUCUACGCUGGUCGCUUGUAUGAUGACCCCAUGAUUUUUAAGUGCAACCAGCAGAAUUUCCCAGACCUCCCAGAGUGGCUGCGCUUCACCCAAAGACAUCCCUUUGAUAACGGCUUCCUGUACGGCACGCCAACAACCCCAGGGAAGAGUAUAAUUGAGGUCUAUGCAGUCAACAAACGCAGCUAUGAAACAACCAGACAGAUAUUCGUGAUCAAAGCAGUAUCAGAGAGGAUGCCUCCCUUCCAGGCCGAGUUCUUCAUCAAGCUGAGGGAGAUUGAGAAGGUGCUGCCCUCUUCUGUUCAGGGGGAGAUAAAGCAGGAUCUCCAGAAGCUGUGGGACACAGAGGCCUUGGAAAUCGUCAACAUUUCAAACGCCCUGGACCGCGGCGGCAGAGUCCCCCUCCCUAUCGCAGGACACUUUGAAGGUGUGUAUGUGAAGGUGGGCUCGGAGCACUACUUCUCAGAAUGUCUCCUGAGGACGCUCUCAUCCGAGCAUGGGAGGCAGUGCACAGCAGGAACCAAAGUCAAAGUCCCUGGAGGAUGCAACUUCUGCAGCAUCCCCAGCAACUGCAUCAGCUGGUGCAAGACUGAGCUGUUUGAUCUGACAAAGCAGGAGCCGGCUCCACCUGCUCCCACUGUGGGCUCGGGGAUUAUGGAGGCCGGCGGUGACUUCAACCCUCCUGAUUCUCCCCCGAGCAGAGACUACUUCCCGGACUACAUGGUGACAGUGAUCGUGCCCCUGAUCCUCGCCCUGGUCUUGUUCAUCAUGCUGGCCUACAUCAUGUUUGGCAGACGAGAGGGAGUUGUGAAAAGAGAUGAGAGAACAAACCAGAUCCAGCUGUACCACCACCACACCAUCCAUGGGAACACAGACGAGCUGCGGGACAUGGCAGGGAACCGUGGCCUUCCCCCUCCUCUGUCCACUCUGCCCAUGUUCAACUACAGGACCGGGGAGGGCGCUCCACCUCUGCAGUCUGACAGUCCCACCAUCCCACUCAUCAUGGCCCAGCAUGAUCCGUACAGUGACACUCUGCCCAGGAAAUGAGAGCAGUGAUGGAUAAAGUGUGGAUAAUGAAGUUGUGUGCUGCCACAGUAUGUUGUUCUGUAUGUGCAGUGGAAAAUUACAUAUAUAUAUAUUUUUGUGCUUCCUGAAGUGUCUUUAAAAUCAACUGAAAGUGUAGUUUGUUAUAUUUUGCUCUGCUGUUUGUAAUUCUCACGAUAUUUCAUCACCAAUAAAUGAUAUAAAAGCCA